AUGGACUAUUUCGAGGACGCGUACGGUUUUGCGCGCGUUCAAUCGUUGAUAUUAACCGCGAAAGAAGGGAAGACACUGGCGUCGAAAGAAGCGUUCGCGGAGAUGGAGCGGUUGGAAAAAUGGUUCGUUUCGGUGGAGUACGACCACGACGGCGCGAAAUAUUCCGGAAAGGUGAAAUAUGAAAAUUUGUGCUAUAAAGUGGUGGAUACGGCGGACGAGACGCCGUGUUUCCAUUUAACGCCGUUGGAUUGUUUUAAGCAAGGGAUGCAAAGCGUCCCGGGGGUUGAGAAUAACACCAAGUUUUUGCCGUCGUACUCGGCGAGACCGGAUUUUUCGGACCAGACGCAGUUUGAUUUUGGAACUGAUUUUACCAAGGCAUUCAUCGACGAUGCGUGCAAGGAGUGGUAUAACUUGCAAACGCCUUUGAAGAUGAUUUUUGGUGGCACGACGCACGAAGGGGAAGGGGAAUCGGCGCUUGUGACCGGCAUCGGCGGCAUGCGCAACGUGUUUGCCACGCGGUCGGCGAAGAAUCUCGCCGAGAAAGGCGUGUUAACGACGGAGUGGCUUGACAGUGGCUCCGUGGAGACGGAUAUCUUAGAUUGCCCGUUGGACGUGACCGCCAAUGAUUGCUCUUGCGUUGAUUCGUUCACCAUCACGUCCGUGACGUCGUACGGGUGCAUUCCGAGUGGCUCAAAUCAACCCGCUUCGUGCUGCGAUGGUUUCAUGAAGCCAUUUUCCACGCACCCGUGCGCGAAAUAUUUGUUCCAAAUAAACCCGUCCGCGUUGUCUGUUGGAAGUUUGGUUCUCGAAUCGUGUCAAUUACCGGCGAUCGAUAUGGGCACCUCGAGCUGUAAUUUACAACCGGAUGGGACAACAAAGUAUCUACAGCCGUACACCGGGUACGCGACGCCGACGGCGACCGAGUGUCAAGUUAUCAUGGAAGAUGCAGAAUUGACCGCGGCGUGCAACGAUUUCGAUAAUUCGUACGAAAGCGCGACAAAGUGUUGCGCGAUGGUGUACGACGCGUCCAAACAGAUGUGCCACUGCCGCUACUUGGACGCGCCGGUGCAGGCCUAUUUCACUACGUUUGGAGAAGACUUUGAGACGUACGCGGGAAAAUGUCUCAAGGACAACGAAUCGUACGAGGCGUGUCCGAACGUGUCACCACCGCCGUCGCCGCCGCCACCGGGCGUGGGAUACACUUGUAUUGCCAACAUGGGACCGUUUUUAAAUGCUUUGGCAUUGGCGCAGAUGGAUGUAACGAAUGUGGAAAAUGCUAUCGCGAUGUGUGGUUUAGCGCAAGGGUAUUACGGGAAUUAUUGCAUGGAUGACCCUACUGUUAUAGCAACCGUUGCUACAAACCCAGCACUUUAUGGAGCUGCUAUCAAUAGUACCGUUAACGCUGGAGUAUCCGCUAAUUGUGCUACGGGAGGUAUCGCCGUUCGAGCGCAUACCCCCGAUCAAAAAACGCAACACGAGACGUGCGCGAGUAAUUACGACGAUUACCAAGGCAAGUGCUACGUUGUGAUUGGAAAAAUGGGCGCAAACAUUAAUCCGACAGCGGAGGAAGUCUCUGCUUGCUGCACCGCCGCGAACGUCAUGGCGUUUAAUGCAUGUCCGUGCGUCAAUGUGGAGGACGGAUACGGCGUCGACAGGUCCAUCGCUUCGACGACUGACAUCCGACUUGACUUUAUUCUUAACACACCAGUAAGCGGUUGCGUGGCCGCACUCGGUGCUGCUGGUUUUACUGCGAAUACGUACACCUGCAACUCGCCGCCGUCGCCGCCGCCGUCGCCGCCACCGGGCGACCCGAAGUAUACGCUACCGAGCUCGACGAGACACGCGGUGGACGAAUCCGAAGCGGAAUCCAUCUUAGAAGGAUGGGAAAAAACGUGGCUGGAUGGCAUCGAAGAUGCGACGAAAGAUUUUGAACACAUCGAGGUGUCGUGGUACGCCUCUCGUUCUCUCGAAGAUGUCAUUAGCGACGCCUCGAAGUCGGCGUACGGAUUCGUCGCCAUCGGCUACGCUUUGGUGGUUGUGUUUUGCUUCUUCUUCUUCAUCAGAGGUCUCUCUGCGCAAAGCGGGAAACCCCCGGGACCUGUGCCGGCGAUUUUAGCCACCAUCGUGUGCAUUCUGAGCACGGCAGCUUCUCUUGGAUUUGCCGCGUUUUACGUCGAAGCUGGGUUGAAGUUCAACGCCAUCACGUUGCAAGUCGUGCCGUUCCUCGCGCUCGGUCUCGGCAUGAAUGAUUAUUUCGUGUUUGCGAAAUACGUUGGGAUAUGCCACGGUGAAAGCCCAAAAGGGUCGUCCGCGCGAUACAUAAUCAGGAAGGCGUACAGAAAGGCGGGUGCGAGCAUCACGGCGAGUUCAGUGACAAAUUUUGCAGCGUUUUGUCUCGGCGCGAUCACGCCGAUUCCAGCCGUUCGCGCGUUUUCCAUUCAAGUCGCCAUGACUGUCGUGUGUAACUACCUCGCCGCCGUGGUCAUUUUUCCGUGCCUUUUGCUCUUCGAUCUUGAAAGGCACGUGAACGCGAAUCCCGACGCCGUCGGUCAGCGUGCACGUUUAACAGCGAAGAGUGAAGAAUCGAGCGGUAAAGACGGGUUUUCGUGCAUCAGAUGUAUGGGCGCGCUAGCGAGCAUCGUCUUUCGGAUGACGUGCGUUUUACUCUCGGCUGGAUUUUUCGCAUUUUGUGCCUCUGGAAUCGACAAAGUCAAUUUAGGCUUAGAUCUCGAAGAUGUCGUGCCUUCCUCGUCGUACAUUUACGAUUACGCUUUGAAUACGAGAAACUAUUUCGCGACCUACCAAGUGUCGCUCGUCUCGUCGGGUAUUGACUUUGCGACCACGACAGAAAAUCAAGCGUUGCUCGAGCACGAUUUUGUCACGGCGCCGAACGUAAACGCCGACUACGGCUCCGUAAACUACCUGCGAUAUCUUGCGGACGAAACGACGGGGAAAGUUAACGCAGGGGAAGUCUGCAGCGAGAAUACAGUUUGGCUGUACGAUUACAUCAACCUCAGCGACGAAUCGUUGGAGAGGUGCGCGUCUAUCAACGCAGACGCGAUUUUAAGUGAUUCCGAUAAAAAGAAGAAGUGCAUUCGAACGUGCAUGAACGCAGAGCCGCAAAUGGCAUACGCACCGACGACCCACAAUCCAACCGUUACGAGUGCUUCGCAGACGUACAGGUGUUCGUACAACGCGACGAACAAUCACUGCGUGUGCCCGUGGCGUCAAGUGUAUAACCCAACGUUGUACAAUACAAACUUGCAAACUUUUCUCGACGGAGGCGAGAGAGGUCAAAUUUCGCAAUCGCUGAUGAUCACCAACUCUACGCCAACGAGUGUUGGGCACACGACCAUUAGCGACGUGCGCGCCCUCUUUUACGUGGAGGAUGUGUUCUCGUUGGAAGACAAGUUAAAUCACAUGCGCAAGGCGCGAAAGAUUGCCGAAAAUUCUAAGCUCGCCACUGAAGAUGGUGCGACGGUAUUUCCAUUCGACUACGCUUUGUACGCUUUGAACGAACAGUAUCUGAACAUAGAAAGAAACACUCUGCGCGGUUUAGGCAUUUCCGUGGCGAUUGCCUUUGUCGUCAUGUAUCCGUUUGUGACCUCCCUAUGGCUGGAUGUUAUUUUGACCUUUGUGAUCGCGGUGAUUCAAAUCGAGCUGUAUGGUUUAAUUCAUUGGAUUGACUUAAAAUUAAACGCGGUGACUAUGGUGAAUUUGAUCAUGACGGUUGGUAUUUCGAUCGAGUUUGUCAUUCACGAAGCUCGCGCUUUCGCGGAAGCGAAAGGCACGAGACCCGAGCGCGCCGCUCAGGCGCUCUCGGAAAUGGGACCGGCUAUUUUCGCGUCUGCGUUCACGACGUUCUUGGCGGUACUCCCGCUCGUCGGCGCAGAUUACGAGUACUUCCAGAAAUAUUUCUUUUCUAUGUACGCGAUGAUUUUAUUUGUUGGCUUGUUCAACGCUCUCGUGACGCUCCCGGCGAUAUUAUCUUUCAUUGGCCCUCCGGAGUUGACCGAAGACGCCGUUCGCGACUCGGAAGGUGUUCUCGACAAAGAAAUGGUUUAA